AUGCCUACGCGCGCAAUCGAAGCCAUCUUCUACACGCGCUUCCACCAUGAAAAGGGUUCUCGCGUACUCCACCAAGUCCCGCCGGGCAGCAUAACGCCCUCGCCCAAGCCGUCUAAAUCCGACCUCGCGGAGACUUUGUUUCCCUUCUCCUCUGUGACGAGCUACCUGAUCCCCAGUCAGCACUUUUGCGACCGCCUGCUCACCUUCGUCGUCAAUCAUCAUCGCAUUAUUGGCUACCCGGUAUGCAUACAAGGCGCGAAGUACAGUCGCAAUGAAUUCAUCUUCAACUUUGCGCUUGUGAUUGGGGAGAGCGAGGUCGAUUGGGCGUGUUAUGGCGAGGUGGUGAGAAAGCUUGGGAGGUUACUGAGGGGGUUGGAAGAACAGGGUGGAUUCUUGAGUAAAGAGGAAGAAGGGGUGUGGGACAUGGAUGAAGUGGCUCAGGGAGAUAUCGGGGGCGGAAGUAAGGUGUAUGCCCUGUGCGAGAUGGUGUUGGAAGAUCUGAACAAUUAUGCCGAGUGCAUGAUACCAAUCGACGACUCGAACACAAUCAACCUCAAACUCUUCCCUACCCGCCCUCCUCCACCCCCCAUCUCCUCGCACCAGGUCCCCCUCCUCACAAUCUCCCUCUCCUCCCUGCAAUCCCCCAUAUCCUCGGACUUGACUCUCAACCGCAUCCUGCCCUACAUCAACGGCGUGCACAGCAUCGCGCGCAUCGCGGCCCUCGCCGACACAGAUCUGUCCCUCACGCGCCGCGCCAUCCAACACCUCGUGUACUACGGCUGCCUCGUACUCCUCGACAUAUUCAGCUUCAGCGCCAUAUACGCGCCGACGGCGGAGAUCGGAGGCUUCGUACUCGACCCAGACGUCAAAGAUGAAUGCGCGCGCUACAUCCGCGUGCCGAGAUUACGCCUCGGCAGCGCAGCGACGGCCUCUACUACUAUACUCGAACACCCCUCCCCCUCCUCACCCACCGCAGCAUCUACAGACGACGACAAGGAAGAAGAAUGGCACAUCCCACACACGACGUUGAUCCACCUCUAUACCUCCCUGCGCCAAGGCCUCACGCUGAAAAAUUGGGUCCUGGCUAACCUCUCCCACCUCCCUGGCAUCGACGUCCGGCGCCUGAUUACCUUUGGCGUGAUAAAAGGCUUCGUGUACCGCGUGCACAAAUACGCGAUUGCGAGCACGAGCGCGGGGUCGACGGCGCCGCCGACGAGUCUGGCUACGUCGACGAGGGAGGAGACGGGUGCUGAGGGCAUGGGCAUGGGCACGGAGAAUGCGCUGCCGAUGCUGCGCUUUCUCGACGGCUUGUGCUGCUUUGAUCAGAUUUGCGUGGAGUUGGGGGUGCCGGAGCGGACGGUGGAGGGGAGGGUGAAGGGGUUGGGGGAGGGGCUGGGGGUUAUUGUUCAGCGGUGA